UAUGCUUCUUCCCGAUUCUCUGCGAAGUCGCCGGACGACCGGGUGAAGCAAAUUUCGCGACAGCUCCGUCGGCGUUUGCAGAGCGCUGUGAUGGACCGCGCCAAGGACGGGCGGUGGGAUCGAAAGACCACGUUUUUCGGACGGCGGUCCACCGAACGGGGUGUGAACCCGCGGGAUUUAGGGGAGAUGUUCCACGUGCGCUACUUUACGUUCGUCAUGCACUUCCCGGAGGCGAAGUUGCUGAUCGACCGACUGGCGUGGCAGCACGAGAAAAAGGGCCGCAUGCUAUCGGAGGAAAAUCUCGAAGGCGUUUUUGAAGAAGUGCAGUCCGCGUUGUCCGGGCUGCUGCUGGGGUAUGUGAAAGGUAUUUACUAAUUAGUGCUGUUUGGUCGUGUUCAUCGAGUGCAGUCAAUAUGCUGACGUUGAUUGUGUUUGUGUCUUGCUGCCAUGCGUGGCUAGCUGCUAUGGUAGAUGUAGAUCUUUGUGCAAAAAUCCCCAAUUUUUAUCGAUCCGAAAAAUCCAGAUGCUCUGGAAGCCCAGACGUCUCAGAAGAAGCAGGCGAGCACGGAGAGCGUGCGUGC